AUGGCUACUCACAGCUCAUUCGGCAAGGACCUGGAGAAGGGCAGCGACAAGCAAGUUGUUGUGAUCACAGAGAAGAACUCAUACUCUUCNUUUUCAAGCAUAUCAACGUCAUCAACACUUGUCAGCUUGUCAAAGCCAGAGGAGUCGACAAAAGCCGAGGAAUCUGUUCCGCCGAAGCGACAGGCCAGGAUCAUUCGAUACUUGCGACACACUGGUCUCAAUGUAUAUCGGAGAAUCUUCUCAAUCGUCUUUCUCGCUAAUCUUGCUGGUUUGAUCGGCCUACUGGCGUCCGGGUACUCCUCCAUCUUGACCCACAUGCCGUAUGCGGCCAACGCUGCAGCAGCCAACUUUCUAGUCGCGAUUCUGAUUCGUCAAGAUUAUAUCUUCAACAUGAUCUUUCGCGUUUGCCAACUGGUGCCACUGUCAGCACCGCUACGACUGCGCAGAAUACUCGCCAAAGUUUACGAACAUGGUGGCAUGCAUUCUGGAUGUGCGAUCGCCGGAACCAUGUGGUUCAUUCUUCUGACUGUCCUCAUCGUCGUCAACUUUGAGUCUGGUCGGAUCAUUCACACACCUCUUGUACCGAUCUUUACCGUUCUUCUGCUCAUCUGCUUCCUCGUAAUGUGUGUCUUUGCGCAUCCCGCUGUUCGACACAAGUUUCACAACUCUUUCGAAUUUACCCACAGAUUUGCUGGCUGGUGUUCGAUCGUCGUAUUCUGGGUGGACCUUGUUCUCAUCGCCGACACUGUCCGUCUCCAGAAUACCACCAGUCCCGAGCCGCUGGGUAUUGCCCUGGUGAAGCUUCCUGCUUUCUGGUUCCUGAUAAUCAUGAGUGUGCAUAUUGUCUUGCCUUGGCUUCGUCUUCGCAAGGUCGCUUUCACCGCCGAACGCCUGUCAGAGCAUGCUAUUCGCUUGCACCACAAGGAGCACAUGGGUCCUUACCGUGGCAUUGCCAUUGCGGAGUCGCCUCUUGGUGAAUGGCAUCCUUUCGCCUGCUUCCCCGAUGGUGAUGGCGUCAACAACAGCAUCAUGAUCAGCCACGCCGGUGACUGGACUCGCAGAACCAUCGAUAGCCCCAAGUCCCAUUACUAUGUCAAGGGUGUUCUCAAGACCAACGUAUUGAGUAUGGCUUCCAUCUUCAACCGCGUCCUUCUUGUCACCACCGGCACAGGAAUCGGACCCGCUCUUUCAUUCGUUGCUGAGCCUAGCCGUAAAGGUCAAUGCCAGGUCUUGUGGGUCUCAUCAGCUCCCGAAAAGACCUUUGGUCAACCUUUGAUUGACUGGGUCUACACGCUCAAUGGCAAUGCAAUCGUGUGGGACUCGAAGAAAGACGGCCGUCCUGAUAUGGUUGCUCUGACGUUGCGGCUGUACAAGGAGAUGAACGCCGAGGCUGUCUUUGUUGUGAGUAAUCCCAAAUUGACCAAGCAAUUGGUGUAUGGGUGUGAGAGUCGAGGUGUCCCAGCGUAUGGACCUAUCUUCGAUUCUUAG